AGGCGCCACUCAGGGCAACCUUCUCUCUGUUGUCUGCACACACAGCACUACUACCCAAGCCCCGCAUCACAAGCAACAAUUCCAAUCCCAUGGAGGGUGAGGACUCAGUAGCAUUAAUGUGUGAUCCAAAGACUGAGAAUACAAGCUACCUGUGGAGCAGAAAUGGCCAAAGCCUCUCAGAAGGUGACAGGCUGAAGCUGUCUGAGGACAACAGGACUCUCACUUUACUCAGUGUUGUGAGGAAUGACACAGGAGAUUAUGAGUGUGAAACCCGGAACCCAGUGAGCACCUCCCGAAGUGACCCAUUCACUCUGAACAUUACUUAUGGUCCAGAUGACCCGAUCAUAUCCCCCUCAAAUACUUAUUUUCAUUUAAGGACAAACCUCAGCCUCUCCUGUCAAGCAGCCUCUAACCCACCUGCACUGUACUCUUGGUUUGUCAAUGGAGAGUUCCUGUCAUCCUCCCAAGAGCUCUUUAUCCAAAACAUCACUACUAAUAACAGUGGAUCCUAUACCUGCUUCGUCUAUAACUCUGUCACUGGCCUCAAUAAGACCACAGUCAAGUACAUUGAAGUCCUUGAGCCAGUGACUACACCCUCCAUCCAAGUCAGCAACACCACAGUCAAAGAACUGGACUCUGUGUCCCUGAACUGCUCCUCAAACGACACUGGGAUCUCCAUCCAUUGGCUCUUCAAUGGCCAGAGUCUGGAGCUCACAGAUAGGAUGAAGCUGUCCCUGGACAACAGAACCCUCAGCAUAGACCCUGUCAAGAGGGAGGAUUCUGGGGAGUAUCAGUGUGAAGUCUCCAAUCCAGUCAGUUCUGAGAGGAGUGACCUCAUCCAGCUGGACAUAAUAG